ACUGUACGCGCGCGGUCUCUCGAGCCCCCACACCCCAAAACCUUAGCCCCGCUAGCAGAGUCCCACCUAGCGAGGCUCGCCUUCCUUCUCGCGCGCCGGAAAGCAGAGAGGACGAGGGUCCGAGACAGCCCCCAGCUUUCUGAAGUCUCAAGAAAGCUAGCCAGCUUGAAUGCUCACGGCCCAUGAGCAAGGUAUCUGAGAAGCCAUGGCACUACCCUUUCAAAAAGACUUGGAGAAAUACAAGAACAUUGAUGAAGAUGAGCUUCUUGGCAAACUCUCAGAAGAGGAACUGAAACAGUUGGAAAAUGUUCUUGAUGACCUAGAUCCUGAGAGUGCACUACUACCGGCUGGAUUACGACAAAAAGACCAGACCCAGAAAGCUGCCACGGGCCCAUUUGAUCGCGAGCACCUCCUCAUGUACCUGGAGAAGGAAGCUUUGGAGCAGAAAGACAGGGAAGACUUUGUGCCUUUCACCGGAGAAAAGAAAGGGAGAGCCUUCAUCCCCAAAGAGAAACCCAUAGAAAGAAAGCCCGUGGAAGAAAAGGUGACCCUUGACCCAGAACUGGAAGAGGCGCUGGCCAGCGCCUCCGACACUGAGCUCUAUGAUCUCGCAGCUGUCCUUGGAGUACACAACUUGCUCAACAAUCCAAAGUUUGAUGAAGAAACACCCAGCACAAAAGGUGGCAAAGGGACUGUAAGAAAUGUAGUCAAAGGUGAAAAAGUCAAGCCAAUCUUUGAGGAGCCUCCCAACCCUACAAACGUGGAAGUCAGCCUGCAGCAGAUGAGAGCCAAUGAUUCCAGCUUGCAGGAAGUCAACCUGAACAACAUUAAGAACAUUCCAAUUCCAACCCUGAAGGAAUUUGCAAAGGCCCUGGAGACCAACACUCAUGUCAAGAAGUUCAGCCUGGCUGCCACCCGCAGCAGUGACCCUGUGGCGAUUGCUUUCGCAGAUAUGCUGAAAGUAAACAAAACCUUGAAAAGUCUAAACAUAGAAUCCAACUUUAUCACUGGCACUGGGAUCCUUGCCCUGGUGGAGGCACUCCGAGAAAAUGAUACCUUGACAGAGAUCAAAAUCGACAACCAGAGGCAGCAGUUGGGGACAGCUGUAGAGAUGGAAAUAGCCCAGAUGCUCGAGGAAAAUUCUAGGAUCCUCAAGUUUGGAUACCAGUUUACCAAGCAAGGACCACGGACCAGGGUGGCAGCAGCUAUCACAAAGAACAAUGACCUGGUUCGUAAAAAGCGAGUUGAAGGAGACAGAAGGUAAAUGUUCACAAGAAGAGAGCUCACUGCGGAGGACAUUCCAAAACAAAGACUCUCCUGCCUGGUUGGGACCUACUUUAUCAAAGGUUGCUGAUUUCCGUUAACCACACAACUAAUCAUUUAAUCGUUAUUAUUUUUUUUAGCACUACUUAUUUACUUGAGAUUUUUUUAAAUAUAUAGAAUGAUUUUAUUUGACUGUGGGCUUCUCUAGCAAUUUGCACAGGUGGGCUUGUGCAGAGCUCAGUGGGCAACAGUGAUGGGAAAUGAUGUAGUCACUUUUCAUGGCGGGUUCUCUUGCUUUCUAACAUGUUUUGCUUUUUUUUUUUUCCACUGAAAGGAAUUUCAUAUCUAAGUGUGUUUUGGGUUGUGAUCACAGUAGAGACCUAUCUCUGUUUACAUGCUCUGCUUUGAGUUAGGCUCAGCAUUCCAGAAGUGUCUACUGACCACAUAAGAAAUUAGUAUUGCCAACUGCUGGGUGGUAAAACCUAACCAACUUAGCACUGGGGCUUCCUGCAUUCCAGAAAUAUCACUAAAUGCACGCACCCCACUGAUUGAGAAGCAGUGGUCUGAACAUCUUAAAAGCAAGACAGCCUUGUGAUGUUUUAACACAGCACUAAACCUAAGAGGUUCAUCCCAUGAAUAUAGCUUCAAGCCAGACUGACAGGUAGCAAAGCAAAUUAACGUACAGAUCUUUCCUAAUUAUCUAACAUAAAUUCAAUCCUUAACAUCACCAUAAGGAUAAAAUUUUACAGUGUUGUUAAGAUUUCCAAACAUGAUGGGAAAUUUUUUAACUGUAGUUAGAGGGAGGGGGGCUUUUGAAACAGCACAUUUCUAAAUAAAGCAAGGAUAAUUGUACCUAAAAACAAGGUUGUGUGGUACAAGGCAUUAUUUUAACAAAUUUUUGAAGUUUUAUCAUCAAGAUUAAAGGGUGAAGGGCUGGGUGGCAGUACAUCUGAUUGAGUACACAUGUUACAGUACACAAGGACCCGGGUUCAAGCCCCCAGUCCCCACCUGCAGAGGGAAAGUUUCAUGAGUGGUGAAGCAGGUCUGCAAAUGUCUCUCUGUCAUUCUCCCUCUCUGUCUCCCCUUCCCUCUUGAUUUCUGAUCCUCUCUAUCCACUAAAUAAAGGUAGCAAGAAUAAUAAUAAAUUAUUUUAAAAAGAAGAAGAUCGGGAGUCGGGCUGUAGGGCAGCAGGUUAAGCGCAGGUGGCGCAAAUCGCAAGGACCGGCGGAAGGAUCCCGGUUCGAGCCCCUGGCUCUCCACCUGCAGGGGAGUUGCUUCACAAGUGGUGAAGCAGGUCCGCAGGUGUCUAUCUUUCCCCCUGUCUUCCCCCUCCUCUCUCCAUUUCUUUCUGUCCUAUUCAACAAUGACGACUACAACAAUAAAACAACAAGGGCAACAAAAGGGAAUAAAUAAAAUAUAAAAAAAAAAAUCACAGGGUGAAGUGUGAAGAUUUAACUCUACUAUAUAAAUUUUGUCUACAUAGUAUUACUCACUCAUAUAUUUGCAAACAUCAGAAAAAUGCAAAUUAGUACUUCAGAUGUUUCUCAGCUCAAGGAGAAAGCCUGUGAGAUGUGCCACUGAGAUGGUUUCCUGCUAGUAAGCACUGAUGUUCUCAUCUAGCUGUCAACUAAGCCUGUGACUGUAACCUUCAGUCUAAGCACAGGUCUUUGAUAACGGUCAGUGCCAGACAGUAUAACUGGUGGCACUCUGACAUUGCCUUAGGCGGCUCUCCCUCCAUCUUCCCUCCCCUUUCCAACUCACCCUUUUUUCUUUCCUCAGUCACUCUGAGCGCUGGUAAAGGUGACAUCUCCAUUGGUGACACCUGGAAUUACAGAAGUUGCUAAUUCAAGCAGAAGGUGUGCCCAAUCUAGAAUUUGCUUAGUGAUUGAUUGUACCUGAGUUUCCUGCUAGCAGUUAAACAAGCUGAUAGAAAAUUAAAUCUUACAUCUGUUCUAGUUAGUUUCUCAAGCACAUGGAGACCAUUUAGGCUAGCUUUUAUAGAAGUGGACAAGCUACCUGUAUCAAUAGGUAGCCUGUAUCACUAAAAUUGUUUGAAACAUCUAAUUUUCUUGUGAAUAUUUUACAUUUUUGAGAGAACAAUGAACAUGUUGCCAUUUUUUUAAGAACCAUUUAAUUAGCUUUUUUUUUUUUUUUUUUUUACUAAAUCAAUUGCAUUUUCUUCUCUCAGGUGUGAUAGGUUGAGCCAACUCUUGGGCUAAAGUAUUAAAUUUGCAAACUGGUUAUUGAACACAGCACUAUUAACUAAGUGGCAGGCAUUUACAAUUAAAUAAGUUAUAUUAAAAAGCAAAAGUACAAAAAUAGAUUUUACUUUUUUUUCUGCUCUCCUAAGAUUAUUUCCAUCACUUGUGUUUGUAGGGAAGAAAUACAGUAUGCUAUUUAUUGUCCAUCUCAUCUCAACUCAGAAUUUAGCACUCUUUCUUAGUAGUUUGAAAUCGGCCAUGGCAAAAGUACUUAAUGCCAUGGCAAUUGGCAAGUGCUAUGGAGAAGGGCUUUCCCUCGCUAGGCUGCUGAUAAGCAAACAUUCCUUACCAUACCACUGGGUUAAAUGAAUACAGGUCUUUCCUUGUGUUCAUCUGUUUUGGUUAUCAUGUUGUCAAAGGGAAAAUAAUUUCUCUUAGAUGUGUUUAUGUCGUCCCUUUAGAUGUCUUGCAGAUACAGGUGUGUGUGUGUGUGUGUGUGUGUGUGUGUGUGUAUGUAUGUGUGUGUUGUGUGUUGUCUGUUGUGUUUUAUCUUGUUUUACCAGAGCACUGCUCAUCUCAGACUUAUUAUGAUAUGGGGGGUUUAAACCUGAGACCUGGGAGCCUCAGGCAAGAGAACUUUUUGCAUAACCAUUAUGCUUUCUCCCCCACCCUAUUAAAGAUAAUGUAUAUCAAAUACUGAGUCCUUGACAGGUCCCUCCAAGGAAGGUUUUCUUCUUGUAUUUUCCAUUCCUUCUCUUAACUUCACCCCAAAGAAAUCUUGGACCCCACAGAGUGUUCCAUGCUGACUCAAGGUGUUGGGGACUGGAGGCUAAAGCAGUUCCUGACAUACUAUGUCAGAAUACCGGGGGGGGGGGGGGAAUCAGAAUUUGAUAAUAACUAUGCUAUAGUUGUUGACAGUAUUAAGACAAAAUAGUGAGAUCACAUAAAAACAUAGCACUGCUUUUUUUCUCUUGUAAAAAACUAGGGCACACAUAGUAAAGAGUCUCAUCAGUAAUUUAUUAUGAAUGGCUGUAUUUUACCAUUACAUAUAUGUUAAAAGUAGCUUGAGAGAAGACGUUUCUAUGAGUAUUCUCAUUUUUAAAAUAACCAUUGAGAAAUAAAGUUACAUUACUCACGUUUUUAAAAUAGCCAUUAAGAAAUAAAGAUACAUUUUUGAGAGUCUGUAAAGCAUUUAACUAGCCUAGGACUUUGUCUCCCCCAUUUGCCCAAAGUAUGUAUGUAGAAGUUUUUUCUUGGUCACAAGUACAGCCUACCCCAUACCAUCUAUCAUGGUAGGACAUAGUGUAUAUAACAUUUUUAUACAUAUGCAUUCUGCCAAAUAUCAUCUAGAUAUUUGGUAACAUCUGGACACCUGACUGAAGGGAGAAGUUCUCUCCCCAGACCACCAGUCUUUUCCCCUUUCAGAUUUGCACACACCCACACUCCACCCCCAUUCAGUGUAAAAAUCUUUCACCAGGACUUGCAGCCUCGUAUUCCUACCACCUACCAUGGCAUGUGUGGAAAAUGGCUUUUAGGAGAUUUUGCAAGCCCAGAGAUCAUGUGAUUAGUUCAGCAUCACAACUUCCCCUCUGCCUGAAUUAAAUAAAGGAAGUUGCUUUAUCCUCACCACAUGAUUGAAUCCCCACCUCCUUCAUCUUGUUAGGGUAUAAUGUAAAGAAAUACUGUGUGUGUGUGUGUGUGUGUGUGUGUGUGUGUGUGUGUGUUUUGCUACAUCUGAAUCACUGAUUGAAGGGAGAUGCUUUCUCCCCAACUCCAUUUCCCUUGUCUUUCUUAAGAGUUGCUGCAGGCUUUGGUUAAAGAGAAAGCACUCCCAAAGAUUUGCAGAAUAGGUCCCCAACCUCCAAAUGUCACAGUCUGUGUAGGAGAUGGUUCUUAGGGAAUAAAUACUCAAAACCUGGAACUCAUUUCAAUUGUUUUAGCAUCAGAUCCCUCUAGAUGCCUGAAGUGUAGAAGUGGACGCUCUUUCAUCUCCAUUGACAUCAUCAAGCCUCCCACACUUCCAUCUAUGUAAGAUAUAUUGUACAUAAAUAUUUUGUACAUAACAGUUGCCAAACACUAUAAGGAAGUAUUUGGCUACAUCUGGACCACUGAUUGAAGGGAGAUGCUGUCUCCCAGAUCCUCUUCCUUUACCCCUCUCAGCACUGCUGGGCCCUCAGACCAGCACGAUGUUGAGAUGCACCUGCAUCCAUCCAUCUUAGAGCACAUGCUCCAUUGUACAGUAACCACCAUCUACAUUUAAAGACUCAGAAAAAAAUCAUUCCAAUGCCUAUACUCCUCAAAUCAAUUUCCCUGUGGGAAGUUGGUACCCCAGACUGAGAGAACAGCUGUGUCUCUUCUAGAUUGAACUGUGACCCCUGGCAGGGCUCCAGCAUCAGGGAAACCCAUGUGCUUUGAAGAGCUGCCAUGAGAACAUGUCAGUCAUCACAUUUGAAAUUGGCCUUCAGCAGCAGCGGCUUUAAAUAUAAGAUAGGCCUUCAGAAAGGGACAAUAGAGUUGGCAGGUCGUCCCUUCCUUUGUGAAUAGAUUAACACAAUUUGAUAUGUGUUUCUGGGCUUGGGCGGGGAUAGAGAGUAGGGAGACUUUCUGUAAAGUAGAUACAUCUUUUGCUGAUAUAUUAUAUAAUAUAUAUAUAUGCAAAAAUGGGCAGAGAUAGGAGUAAAAUAGGGAUGCCGGGUUCUGUGAUAUGUCUCCUGGACUCGGUGGAAUGAUUACUAGAGUUGGGUUUUAAGUGAUUCUGAAACUUCUUCCCUUCUUCCAUUAAUGAGCAGAGAACUGAGAGGGAAAUAUAGCAGCAGUUUACCAUAGUAGCUCUUUAUUUCAAAUAUCCUUCCCACGUGCUCACUCACUUUGGCAGCAUAGAUGCUAAAAUUGGAACAGUAUCAAGAUUAGCAUAGCAAGGAUGACACACACAUUUGUGAAGUCGUCCUUAUGUAUACUAAGUCAUCCUCAAAGUUAAAUGAUUGGCAUGCAUGCAAAGGAAAUGUAUGAGGAUUCUUGGAAGCUUCAGACUCAGUCUCACUGGGAAGAGGAAAAAAUUAAUUUCAGGCUUCCUACUAGCAAGCUGGAAAGAGUAAUGUACCAGAGCCUCAAGGAUGCAAUCAUUAUUUUCUUGCUCCCAGCUUUACAGCAGACUGGAUUUUUUUGGGGGGAGGGGGUUCAUAAAGCAUAGAGGCCAGGGGUGGGGGGUGCUAUUGUACUCUAAGGCAGAAGUAAGCUCAGCCCAGCUCAGCUUCUCUCUUUCCCAUCUUCCCGGAACAGCAGUGAUUGAA